UCGAUGAUUUUGAUUUUUAAUAUUUCAUAUUUCACGGUAUAAAAAUUAGAUUAUAAACCAAUAAUAUGAACCGUGGAUUCAUAUCUUCCCCGUCGGUGGUAGUUUAUAUUAUACUCGCGCUGACCGCCGCCAUCUGCGUACAUUCUACGGGUGCAGAGUGCUGGGACACGGGUUGUCAAUUGAACUCGUGGUUGAUCAAAGGUUGCGAGUAUUACGGUAUGACCGAGACCAAGCGCAAGUCGUGCGAAGACAAUCGAGCGGGAUACGUGUAUUCCUGUUGUCACCAAUCGAAUUCGAUAGAUUCCUCGGAUGUACAGCAACUGAACAAAUUCGGAGACCUCACCUACUACAAUUUGGGGUUGACAGCAUGCGGUCAAGUCUACACCGACGAAGAAAUGGUUGCGGCAAUAGCGUUCGGUCAUUUCACCACUCCGAAUCCUAAUUUAGAUCCCAUGUGUGGCAAACAGGUUAAAGUAAUGGACCCAACUACGUUGAAAUCUAUAGUAGUGACUGUGAGAGACAAAUGCGAAGCCUGCAAGAUGAAUGAUAUCGAUGUGUCUCCGUCUGCAUUUGAAAAACUUAAACCAAAAACUGUUGGUAGAUUCAAAGUCGUUUGGGAUUUUAUUUGAUAUACAUUAUAUAUGGUGUAGUCGUAUGGGCUGUACUUUAUAGUUUAAAUUUGAGUGUGUAUUGUAAAUAUAGUGUACAUAUAGGUAUCUGAUAAUAUUUAUAUAUACUUAAAUAAUAGUAGAUCCUAUACCGAUCCUACCGAUUUCUG